CCGCUUCUCUACAUGUUUUACCAAACCAUAAACUGUCAUAAUUCGGUUGUACCAUCAUUCGGAUCAUACCACUAAACUAGGUUGACAAGCCAAGAUUCAAAUGCAGAGCAUCUAACUUGCUUCAAUCCGGUCGGGUCAAGUUGGGUUCGAUGAUUUCGAUUCAAAUAUUGACCUGACCCAUCAGGUUUCGGAUCAAAUUCUGGGUCAUUUCAUGUUUAUGAGUGUUAUGAGAAACAAUAUCAAACAUGCUUCACAAAUUUUUAAAGAAUACAAAUUUUUGCACAUAUAUAUAUAUAUAUAUAUAUAUAUAUAUAUGACAAGUAGUUUCUAUAGCACAUGUAAAUAACAAAUGCUCGCAUACUUCUGUGCAAAUAAAAAGAAAUACAAAUUGUACAAAUGGGUAAUAAACAAUUAUGAAAGUAAUACUAUUACAAGAAAAAAAUUAUGUUUGAUUAUCCUUGCACUUCAAACUUGUCUUUCAAAUGCUUGUGAAUUUCUUAAACAUCUCAUUAAAUUAUAAGUGAUUUUAUCAUUUUGAGAAUGACAUAUGAACUGAGAUGGGGUCUAGAGGAUCGACCACUAUAACCCAUCCAACCCGACCCUAGACCUACAAGUCAAUCGCAUUCAACUCAUUUUUUAUUUGUAUGGACGGAUUCGGUUCGGACCAAUGAAUCGGAUCGUGAUUUGACACGUGUUCGGAAGUGGACACAAAAGUGUUUAAACUUUAAAGGCUUCCGAUGAAUCCUUUUGGUCAAUGACAUCAGGCCCGCCACCGCCAGUCAAUUUUGGCCCAAUAGAAAAAUCCAUCCAUGCAAAUCACCUAGUCCAUCACCAAAACAAAAUGGGCCAUGGGCCCGCACCAUCCUCCCCUCGACAGACAGAGAACACAACCGAAGUCUCGUUUCUUGGAAUUCGUUUCAGUCAAUUGUCAAUAUCGCAGCUCGCAAGCACGAAGAAAGCGAAGGGGUUUCAUCAUCUCCCCACCCUUGGCGAUUUCAGCCUUUUGGGUCUUGCAGAGAAACCCUCUCCUUGUUAAAGAAGGUAAUUAUCAAUCUAUGUACAUACUCGUUGAAAGCUAGUUGCAGAGUUUAGAAGCGAGCUAUGUCGAUCGGUAGUUGUAGGUAGAGUUAUGUUUGAUUAAUUGUAUGAACAGUUGGUUAUGGUUUGAUUGUUUGGAGCUUUUUUGUGUGUGUGGUGUUAGUAUAUAUAGGCAUUAGGCACUGAAGGGAUGAAGCGGGUGUGCGAACCGGGUGCCGAUAGAAUUACCAACCUUCCUGUUGAUGUCAUACACCGGAUUCUGGUGUUGCUAACCACCAAAGAUGCUGCCAAAAUGGCAACAUUGUCUACAAAGUGGAGGGGCCAUUGGAGAACUAUUCCUCAACUUCAGUUUGCAUUCUAUGAGAACGUUCUAAAAAAGGUUCGAUCUAUUGCAUUCUAUGAGAACGUUCUAAAAAAACAUCGAUCUAGAUCGAAUGAGAUAGCAACCAAGUUGAUUUCAAACAUUCACAAAGUGCUGCUAGUUCAUGAUGGUCCAAUAGCAAAGUUCCAGCUCUCCAUUGAUGGGUUGAUGUCCUGUGAUGGGAUUGAUCAAAUCAUUUAUUAUCUUUCUAACAGAGGUCUCCAAGAACUCUCCCUAGGCUUUUCUGAUUGUUGCAUUCUUCCCUGUUCUAUUCUCUUCACUUGAACAGCCUGAGUCUUUCGUAUUGUGAAUUUAGACAACCAUCGUGGGCUGUGGGUUUUAGUAAGCUUACCCGUCUUUGUUUGGUACAAGUAACCCUACCCUCUGAUUUCUUUGAGAGCUUCCUCAUCAAGUGCCCGAUGGUUCAAAAUUUGUCGCUCACUAGUUGUGAAGGUCCAAGUAAUCAUGAAAUUGUUGUUCCGUGUCUCAAAAAAUUCUUCUUCUUUGGGGGCUCACAGAAACUCCACUUCAAGUGUACUCCACUUCUGGAGGUAGUUAGUAUUCUUAGUGUGCACGAAAAAGUAGAUAAGCCUGCAGAUAUGGUGGCUUUAUUUGCUACUCUCCCAGCACUCAAACGGGUUGCUAUUGACUUCAAAAUCUUGGAAGUAAGUUUGAUCGUUUCUCCUUUUACCAAUUCUUGCAAAAAGAUGGGUUUCUAGGUACUCAUUUGGGGUGUUUCUCUUAAUUAGUGCCUUGCUGCAGGCGUUGAUAAUCUCUCCACCGGGCUUCCUACUCCACUUCACCAGUUAAAAUUCCUCCACAUCUGUUACCUUGACUUGGGCUGCAGCUUGAAGAAGGCGCGUGAUUUUGUUUGUCUAAUCAUGAGUUCCCCCAAUUUGCUUGAGCUCACAAUUGAGGUUGGUUUGUUUUGUUAAAGUCUACAGAAAGGUUUUCUUAUGCAGAAUGCAAUAGUGAUUAGAUAUAAGUGUUUCUGGGAUUGACAGUCUUGUUAUAGCUUUAUCUGUGAGACUGUGACCCACCCUCGUAAUCAGCUUCCCUAGAAAAUAUCACUUUCGCCAUUGUAACAGUGGUUGAGAGAUGUAAUGGAUGUCUGUUGUAGCCUAGUAUAGAUCUUCCAGAUUCUAUGUUUCUCUUCUCUUGUGUAAUUCACUUCCUAUUUGGUUUCUGCUGAGAAGAUCUGUUAGAGAACACCAGUUUGGAAGAUCGUGUGUGGGACUGAUUGUCUUUUUCUUGAAAAUCUGUUUCCUUCUCCGUCUCAAUGGAAUGAGACCUUAACCCACUUCUAUAACACUACCCUCAUACGAGAGUUUCAUCGAGGCCAGUAGAGCAGUAGUAAUGUAAGAAUUUAAAGACGAUGAUUGGCCUGAAUCUGGUUUGUUGCGUGAAACUGGUUUGCCGUAAAAAUCAAAUGGAGCGUAACAAAUGUGCCUCUAGAAGAACUCUCGUUAAAUCCAUCUUCGGAGUUAACCCAUUAUGUUAAACACGUAUAUCAAUUUAGCUCGAAAUUGAUUCACCUCAUCAACUCAGCUUUUGCAAAUUGAUGAGCAAAGCCUAUAAAAGUGAAUACGAAAUUUGGAGCUUAAAGUCAUAAUCCUCUUCUCAUUAUGAUCCAAAUCCUAGGCAGAUUAUUUGGUGCACUUGUAUAGGACCAGUUUGCAAACUCUCAGUUGUUCUAGGACUAGUCAUAAACUAUAUAGGACCGGGCAAUGACUCACGGAUUAGAACGAACCGUAACAAAAGAAACGCAAUCGG